AUGUUGUUAAAAAGAGGAGCAGACUAUAAUAAAUGUAAUGCAUUUGGUCACCCACUUAUAAUGUAUGCCUGUAUAUAUGGUCACAUAGAAAUAGUGAAGAUAUUAUUAGACACAAAAACAAACUAUAAUAAACGUGACACGAAUGGUGCGUCAUCUCUAAUGAUGGCUUGUGAACAUGGUCAUACCGAAAUAGUCAAGAUGCUGUUAGACAAAGGAGCUGAUUAUAACAAUUGGGGUGGAAAUGACAAGUCACCUGUAAUGUAUGCUUGUCAACAUGGUCAUACCGAAAUAGUCAAGAUAUUGUUAGACAAAGGAGCAGACUAUAGUAAAUGUAACUUGAAUGGUUGGUCAUCUGUGAUGAUGGCUUGUGGACUUGGUCAUACGGAAAUAGUAAAGAUAUUGUUAGACAGAGGAGCAGACUGUAAUAUAUUAGACAGGAAUGAUGAGUCAUCCCUAACAAAGGCUUGUAAACAUGGUCAUACAGAAAUAGUCAAGAUAUUGUUAGACAAAGGUGCAGACUAUAGUAAAUGUGACAUGUGUGGUAGGUAA